AAAGUGAAGCUUGAAACAGAGAAGAAGAAGAAGAAGGAGGUGGAGGAACGAGAUGAAAGGAAAAGGAGGUAAAGGGGCUCCUCACACAGACCUCUUGGUAUGUUUUCCUUCCCGAGCCCAUCUAGCCCUUAUGCCCAAGCCCAUCUGCAGCCCAGCUCGUUCCUCUGAGUCUACCAAGCGCCGCCACCAGCACCACCUCUACAGCCACCAUACCCCCGUCUCAAGAUCGAACAACAGAGGAGGCCAAGCAAGCCCUCUUAUAUGGGCCAAAACCAAGCCUAUGGCCUCGGAGAUCUCCGAACCAACCUCCCCCAAGGUCACUUGCGCCGGCCAGAUCAAAGUCAAGCAGAAGCACAGUUCCGGCAAGAAUUGGCAAUCAGUCAUGGAAGAGAUCGAAAGACUCCACAACCAUAGAAAGCACAAGAAGAGACCCUCUUGGGUUGAAAGUACUCUUGGAUUCAAGAAAGAUAUAAUGCAGUUCUUGACUUGUUUAAGAAGCAUUCGAUUCGAUUUACGGUGUUUCGGCUCUUUCCGUGGAUCCGAUAUCAUUUCCGAUGAAGAGGUGGAUGAAGAAGAAUUCGAAGAAGAAAACCAGGUGGGCGUUGAGGAAAGUGAUAAUUGUACCUCAAGAACCGUCUUUUCUAAGUGGUUUAUGGUACUACAGGAAAAUCAGAGUAAUGGGUUAAGUAAAGAAGAGAAAUUUGGGGAAAGAAGAGAUGAUAAAGAUGGGUCUUGUCAUGGAGGUUCGGUGGUGGUCGAUCCUUCUGUUCCUCCUAAGAAUGCUCUGUUGCUGAUGCGUUGCAGGUCUGCCCCAGCAAAAGGGUGGAUAGAAAAGAAAGAAAGAGAAGAAGAAGAAGAAGAAGAAGAAGAAGAAGCAGAGAAGAAGACAAAGCCAGCUUCGGAAGAAGAGAAAAAGAAAGAGAGCUUGGUGUUGAUGAGCUAUGCCCCUGAUUUCUUCAAAGUCUCUACUGAUAUUGCUAAGGAGACUUGGGUUGUUGGUGGAAGUAGAGAUCCACUAUCGAGAAGUCGAAGCUGGAAGAGAUGAGGAUGAUCGUGGUAAAUUGCCCCUUGUUUUUUUAAUUUUAAUUUCAAUUUCAUGAAUAAUGUUAUUUUUGUUUUCUCAUUGUUU